AUCAGUAUAUACAUAUUACAGUAUUAUUAUAAACUAUGGCAUAUGGCGGCCAACCUCCUCCUCAAUACACUGCUUCUCCAGCAUCAUAUCCAAGUAAUGGAGCAUCAGCUACAUUCACACCUUCGUUUUCAAAUGACGCAAGCUGGAAUUCACAACCUGUUCAUUCAGUUGAACUUGCUAUCUCUUGCAGAGGUUUGAUUGAUGCAGAUGUGUUUUCAAAGUCAGAUCCAAUGGUUGUAAUGUAUAUUCAAGGCCUUGGUACUAAAGAAUGGAGAGAGUACGGCAGAACCGAGACAAUUCAGAACACUUUGAAUCCUGAUUUUGUGACCAAAUUUGUGAUUGAUUACUUUUUUGAAGAAAGGCAAGCUCUGAGAUUUGAUGUAUUCGAUAUUGAUUCAAAAAGUGCGAAGUUGACAAAACAUGACUUUCUAGGUCAAGUUUUUUGCACACUUGGGGAAAUCGUCGGAAGUCCAGGAAGCAAAUUUCAGGCACCAUUGAAGAUUGAAUCGAGAACAAAAGGAAAGAUCAUUGUCACAGCUGAGGAAUUAGAUUCAUCUAAAGAUGUUGCCUUCAUGGAAUGGAAUGGAAAAAAGUUGGACAAGAAAGAUUUGUUCGGGAAAUCUGAUCCGUUUAUGGUGUUUUGUAGAUGCAAUGAAGACAACAGUUUCACAGUUUGUCACAAGACUGAGGUUAUAAAAAAUACAUUAAAUCCAACUUGGAAAAGGAUGCAAGUUCCUGUAAGAACUUUAUGCAAUGGAGAUUUGGAAAGAACAAUUAAAAUUGAAAUUUAUGAUUGGGAUAGAGAUGGAGGACAUGAUUUAAUCGGAAUAUUUACAACCAGUUUGAGCAGAUUGAUGAGAGGACCUUGUAUUGAAAACACCUAUGAGUGCAUCAAUCCAAAAAAGAAGAAGAAAAAGAAAAGUUACAAACACUCUGGCCUUGUCAAUUUACUGAGUUUUCGAAUUGAAAAACAACCAACAUUUCUUGAGUAUAUUCGUUCUGGAACUGAAUUAAGUUUUGUUGUUGCAAUCGACUUCACAGCAUCAAAUGGAAAUCCAAUGAAUCCUAAUUCACUUCAUUAUAUCAAUCCAUAUCAACCAAACCAGUAUGCUUUUGCAAUUCAAGCUGUUGGUGAAAUUAUUCAAGAUUAUGAUACAGACAAGUUAUUUCCAGCAUACGGAUUUGGAGCAAGACUUCCACCUCACGGACAAGUAUCUCAUGAAUUCGCUAUUAACUUUAACCCCCAAAACCCCUUUUGCAACGGUAUCCAAGGUGUGAUGGAAUCUUAUCAAAGCUGUAUAAGAAAAGUUCAGUUAUAUGGACCGACUAAUUUUUCACCGAUUAUCAGAAGCGUUUCUUCAAUGGCUGCACGAGUAACAGAUGCUUCACAAUAUUUUAUUUUAUUGAUGAUUACAGACGGUGUUAUAUCUGACAUGGGAGCAACCCGUGAAGCCAUAGUUCAAGCUGCUAGGUUACCUAUGUCCAUCAUUAUUGUUGGCGUUGGUAACGACGAUUUUGAAGCCAUGGAAGAGCUUGAUGGCGACACCGUACGACUGUCAUACCGAGGUGUUGAAGCUGAACGCGACAUUGUGCAGUUUGUCCCGUUUCGAGACUACAUGGCUCAAGGAAAUAGAAAUCAAAUUUUGAGUCAAGCUAGACUUGCAAAAGAUGUUUUAGCUGAAAUUCCUGAUCAAUUCGUCGGAUACAUGAAGAAGAGAAAUUUAAAGCCAGGACCACCGCCUCCAUCUUAUACUCCUCGCUGAUAUACAGACCGAUAAGAAGUGACACGAGGAUAGAAGGAGCGUUAUCAUAUAGAAUUCCGCGUCUGCUCGGAAGAUUUCAAAUGAGAGCUGCAUUGUGCAGAGCUGUAAAAAGCUUUAUCACCUUGAAUACCAAGUCUCAACUAGUUUUGAAAAACCAUUCACAGCCAUGAAUACAAAAAUCCAGACAAGGAAUAUUUUCUCAAACGCUCUAUCGACAACUGUAAGGGCAGAAACGCCAGUAAUUGCGCCGUUAUUAGAUGUGGUAAUACCUAAAGUUCCUAUUUCUGUCUAUAUCAUUUUAUACCGAUGUUUUAUUUCUUGUAAAACAGUAGCUUGGAAGUUUAUGUGUAUUGAAUAUAGUAAAUAUAUUGAGUUCUUGCAAGGCGCUUCCAGUUGGCUCUUAUUAUUGCAACGACAAACUAAUUUACAACUGUUGUUGUUAUAAUUGCUUCCACUUAUAAAUCAAUACUCUAACGCAAAAGUUUUAUCAGCGUUAGCGUUGUCCACUGAGUUUCUAAGUCUUUGUUUCAGGUACAAAACUCUACACAGUGUGGAAGAUGUCAUAAUACUUUUUAUUGAUGUUAAGAUCACCUAUCUUUCUUUUUCUAUAACUAGUUCACAAUGAUCAUUUUUAUAUUUUAUUAAAUCAAUUUUGUUCAAUAUUUGCAAAUUUGAAUUGAAUCCCAGGUAAGAUAUUUUUUGUUUGCAUACAAUUUUAUUUCUUGAUUUUUUGCAAGUACAAACAGCAAAGAGUGCAAAACAGCGAUUUUGCAAGGGUACAAACAGCCAACAAGCGUUUUUUGUUAUUUUCAUUUUAAAAUUACGCGAAGAUAAAUACGAUACUCAUAAUGAUAUGAAUAAAAAUUAAACAAAUAAAUGUUAACUGAUUUAUGCCAAUCACUUACUUGCCUCGAACAAUGGCAGCACGAGAUCAACUAUAUCUGCGAAAUUUAACGGUCUUUAUUGUAAAAUCUUCGCAUCGCUCUUUUCAUCUCGAAAAUUGUUCAGCAUAGAAACUUUUUUUUUCAUUUUCCAACGCCCUCAAGGAACUGUCUUAUUUGUGACCCCAAAUAUUCACUGAGACGUAAGACUUGUCAAAAUCGGCAUAACCUCACACCGCCUCCUAUAGACAUCAUACAUAAAUCUGCUUCUAUAAUUCGAAAUAUCUGUAUAGAGCAUUCUCAUUACGAUAUCCAUGCGUCUAUUUUGAUAUAUAUUUUACUCUUAUUACGGCAUCGUAUCGUCGUAGGCCACGAAUUUUUGCCUUUUAAUAAUUGUGUACCUUAGCUCAUAUGUAUGCGCUGCCUGUGUUUUAUAUUUGUGGCAAUUCAUUGUUAUUUUAACGCAAAGCUGUAAUAUUGUAAUGAGUUUUAGGUGUUGUUACAGCUUUUUUUUUAAUUUCACUAUAUCCAUUUGGUACGAUUCACUUUUUAGAGAUGUAGAUAUUUUUGAAAAUAGCAUAAAUAGUGGCUUUGGGUCUUUGAUACAUACGAAUACAAGCCUAAUCAUCAUUCUGGUCAACUUUAUAUUGUUGUAUAUUCCCUUUGAAUCAACCCUAAUGUAUAUAAAGUACCUUCUCGGACUUCUUUUUUUAAAAAAUUUUAAUCGCAAUGUUUCAGCUUAUUAUUAUUCAUUAUUGUGUAUAAUUUUUUUUUUUUAUCAUGUAAUGCUCUUCCAUAACGUUCCUUGAAAUAUCAUAUUUUUUGUUAAUAAAAUAACUUUUUGCUAUUCCAGCAGUCAACU